GUGAAAAUUUUCCUGUUAAUCUGAUGUGUUAUUUCUGUUUAUGAGAUUUAAUACAUUUGCGGCUCUUUUUGAUUUUAUGAAAUGCUUGAAAAUGAAAGCAGUGAAGGUCGUGAAGCAGAAGAGUAUAUUGGACUUUCGGACUUUGUGGCUGAUGGAGAUGAACAGCUAAGUUUCUCAGUUGGUGAUAGAUUAAAGGUCCAUGACAGGAGUUCAGAAGUGUGGUGGUGGGCUGAACUGCAGGGUCACUUUGGUUAUGUUCCAUCCAACUAUUUGCACCAAAACGACGAGGAUGUGGAAGAUGCUUGGCAAAACGACGAAUAUUUCGGGAAUUAUGGGAUAUUAAGGCUUCAUCUUGAAAUGCUGUCAGAUAAACCCCGCACAGAGAUGUACAGGCAGGUGAUCCUGAGGAACAGUACUGCCCUGGGAGGGAAGGUGGUCAUGGACUUGGGCUGUGGGACAGGAGUUAUCAGCCUCUUCUGUGCCCGACUAGCACAACCUGCAGCGGUGUAUGCUGUAGAAGCCAGCUCAAUGGCAGAGCACACAAAGGAACUAGUGAGGCAGAACGGUUGUGAGGGAGUCGUGACCGUGUUUCAGGGCCGAGUCGAGAAUGUCUCUCUGCCCGGGAAAGUGGAUGUUCUAGUGUCAGAGUGGAUGGGGAACUGUCUUCUGUUUGAGUUCAUGGUGGAGUCAGUGUUGCUGGCUCGUGAUCUAUGGUUGAAGGAGGGGGGAAUGAUGUGGCCGUCUUCUGCCUGUCUUACUGUCGUUCCUUGCCAGGCCCUCUCUGACUACAAGCAAAAAAUUGAGUUCUGGGAGAAGCCAUAUGACCUUGACUUCAGCUUUCUGCAGCCACUUGCACAGAAGGAGUUUCUCUCCAAGCCUAAGUUUAGCCAUCAUCUCAUACCUGAGGACUGUUUGUCCACCCCAUCUGAUGUCAUCACUCUUGAUAUGGCUACGAUGCGGGUGUCAGACUUGGAGAGACUCAAAGGAGAGUUUAGUUUUACUAUUGAGAAGACAGGCACAUGGCAUGGCUUCACUGUUUGGUUCAGUGCACAUUUCCAGAGUUUAGAAGAAGACGGACCAGCAUUGGAGUUGAACACCGGACCAUAUUCUGAGAUGACUCACUGGAAACAGACUCUGUUCAUGGUGGAUUCACCAGUGACAGUUGAGAAAGGAGACAUUAUCGUGGGGUCCAUACAUCUUCAGAGAAAUCCUAUCUGGAGACGUCACUUGUCAAUCACCUUUUCAUGGAAUAUAAACAGCACAGAUCUUUCUAGGGUACAGACAAAGAGUUUUCCAAUGUGGAGGUGACAUGAAGACCCAUCCACUAACUUUUGCAACAAACAAAUCCUUGUCCUUGAACUUUGUCUUUCUCUUUGCAUUUUACAAACAGUACCUGUCCAUGCAGGUUGCAUUUGUCAAAAUAAAACUGA